AUGUUUAGGAAUACCGCCUUGAAGGCCACCAACAGCGGCAUGCUGCGCGGUGCGACCUGCUCAACAUGUCGGAGAAGCUUUCACUUGGCUUCGAGUGCUCGGAGCGCCUCAAAGCACUCCGGCUUCAGCAUGACUGCUCGCCGACCUCUUGCCGUCGUCGACCGUGUAUUCAACGGCGCCAGGCACUAUGCGGCCCCUUCGGAGGGUACGAACCUGGGAGUGGACCCCAACGAUUCGUUCCUCCAGGGCAACACUGCCAACUACAUCGAUGAGAUGUACCUCGCAUGGAAGAAGGACCCCUCGAGCGUCCACAUCUCGUGGCAGACCUACUUUAAGAACAUGGAGGAUGGCAACAUGCCCAUCUCUCAGGCUUUCACGCCGCCACCUACCCUCGUCCCGACCCCUACCGGUGGUGUCCCGCAGGACAUGCCCGGUGCAGGCCUCACCGCUGGCACCGACGUUACCAACCACCUGAAGGUUCAGCUGCUGGUGCGCGCCUACCAGGCCCGUGGUCACCACAAGGCCAAGAUCGACCCUCUCGGCAUCCGUGGUGAGGCCGAGGCGUUCGGCUACGACAAGCCUAAGGAGCUCGAAUUGGACCACUACGGGUUCACCGAGCGUGACUUGGACGAGGAAUUCGCUCUCGGACCCGGUAUCUUGCCGCGCUUCGUGACCGACAGCCGCAAGAAGAUGACCUUGCGCGAGAUCAUUGCCGCCUGCGAGAAGAUCUACUGUGGCUCGUACGGCGUGGAGUACAUCCACAUCCCUGACCGCAAGCCCUGCGAGUGGAUCCGGGACCGCUUCGAGAUCCCUGAGCCCUACAAGUACUCGGUGGACGACAAGCGCCGCAUCCUCGACCGUCUCAUCUGGAGUUCCAGCUUCGAGUCCUUCCUGGCGACCAAGUUCCCCAACGACAAGCGUUUCGGUCUGGAGGGUUGUGAAAGUCUUGUGCCUGGUAUGAAGGCCCUUAUUGAUCGUAGUGUGGACUACGGCAUCAAGGACAUCGUCAUCGGUAUGCCCCACCGUGGUCGUCUCAACGUUCUGUCCAAUGUCGUUCGGAAACCCAAUGAGUCGAUCUUCAGUGAGUUCGCUGGCUCGACCGAGCCGUCCGAUGAGGGCUCGGGUGAUGUUAAGUACCACCUGGGUAUGAACUUUGAGCGCCCUACCCCCUCGGGUAAGCGCGUGCAGCUGUCUCUGGUGGCAAACCCGUCUCAUCUUGAGGCUGAGGACCCGGUCGUGCUGGGUAAGGCCCGUGCUAUCCAGCACUACAACAACGAUGAGUCUCACUUCAACACGGCGAUGGGUGUCCUGCUCCACGGUGACGCUGCCUUCGCUGCCCAGGGUGUUGUCUAUGAGACCAUGGGCUUCCACUCCCUUCCGGCCUACUCGACCGGUGGUACUAUCCACAUUGUCGUGAACAACCAGAUUGGUUUCACCACCGACCCUCGCUUUGCCCGUUCCACCCCGUACUGCUCGGACAUUGCCAAGUCGAUUGAUGCUCCCGUGUUCCACGUGAACGGUGACGAUGUGGAGGCGGUCAACUACGUUUGCCAGGUCGCCGCUGACUGGCGUGCCGAGUUCAAGCGCGAUGUUGUCAUUGACAUCGUCUGCUACCGUAAGCAGGGUCACAAUGAAACUGACCAGCCCUCGUUCACCCAGCCCUUGAUGUACAAGCGCAUUGCCGCCCAGAAGGCUCAGCUGGACACGUACAUCGCCAAGCUGAUUGAAGAGGGCACCUUCACCACGGAGGACAUUGACGAGCAUAAGAAGUGGGUCUGGGGCAUGCUGAACGACAGCUUCGACCGCAGCAAGGACUACCAGCCGACUAGCAAGGAGUGGCUGACUUCCGCCUGGAACAACUUCAAGACCCCCAAGGAGCUGGCCAACGAGGUGCUUCCUCAUCUGCCGACCGCCGUGGGCUCCACCUCGCUGAAACACAUUGCCGACAAGGUCAGCGAUGCUCCUGAGGGCUUCACCAUCCACCGCAACCUCAAGCGUAUCUUGAACAAUCGCAAGAAGACUGUCGAUGAGGGAAAGAACGUCGACUGGGCUACUGCUGAGGCUCUGGCCUUCGGUUCGCUCGUCGACGAGGGCUACCAUGUCCGUGUCUCCGGGCAGGAUGUCGAGCGUGGUACUUUCUCCCAGCGUCACGCCGUCCUGCACGACCAGGAGAACGAGGCUACCUACACUCCUCUGCAGCACAUCAGCGAGAAGCAGGGCAGCUUCGUCAUCUCCAACUCGUCCCUUAGCGAGUUCGGCGCUCUCGGCUUCGAAUAUGGUUACUCCCUGACCUCGCCCAACGCCCUGGUGAUGUGGGAGGCGCAGUUCGGUGACUUUGCCAACAACGCUCAGUGUAUCAUUGAUCAAUUCAUUGCCUCUGGUGAAUCCAAGUGGUUCCAGCGUUCUGGUCUGGUCGUCUCGCUGCCUCACGGUUACGAUGGCCAGGGUCCUGAGCACUCUUCCGGUCGUAUGGAGCGCUGGCUGCAGCUUUGCAACGAGGAGCCUCGCAUCUACCCGUCGGCCGACAAGCUGGAUCGCCAGCACCAGGACUGCAACGUGCAGAUUGCCUGCAUGACCACUCCUGCCAACCUGUUCCACAUCCUCCGUCGCCAGAUGCAGCGCCAGUUCCGCAAGCCGUUGAUCAUUUUCUUCUCCAAGUCCCUGCUGCGUCACCCGAUUGCUCGCUCGGACCUUGAGGACUUCACCAAUGACUCGCACUUCCAGUGGAUCAUUCCUGACCCUGCUCACGGCACUGCCAUCGAGGCGCCCGAGAAGAUUGAGCGUGUCAUUCUGUGCUCUGGCCAGGUGUACGCCGCCCUCAUCAAGCACCGUGAGGCUAAUGGCCUGCGCAACACCGCUAUCACUCGCGUGGAGCAGCUGCACCCCUUCCCGUGGGCUCAGCUCAAGGAGAACCUGGACAGCUACCCCAACGCCAAGAACAUCGUGUGGUGCCAGGAGGAGCCUCUGAACGCCGGUGCCUGGUCGUACACCCAGCCCCGUAUCGAGACUCUGCUGAACUCGACCGAGCACCACAACCGCCGCCACGUCAUGUACGCCGGUCGUGCCCCCAGCGCCUCGGUCGCCAGCGGUCUCAAGGCCGUCCACCUCAAGGAGGAGCAGGAGUUCCUGGAAGACGCUUUCUCUGUCCACCAGGAGCGCCUCAAGGGCGAGUAA